AUGUUGAAGCGUUUACCGACGCUAUUAUCGGGCAAAGCGUUUGUAAUGUUCGAGCGGCUUGGAGACGACAAAAAGGAAGAUUUCAAAGUCCUUAUAGCAGCGAUAAAGGAAGCGUUCGGCGGCGAUGAAACAAGCAAACAUAUUGCUAUGAUGGAGUUUCGUCGACGUGCGCGCAAGCCUGGAGAGGACAUUCAAGUUUUCGCGUAUGGGUUGGAAACAUUGCUCAGCCGAGCGAUCCCUAAUAUCGGGAAUGACGAGAGAGAUACGCUUUUAAAACAACAAUUUAUUGAAGGAUCGUCUCCUGCGCUAAAACAGGAGCUAUUGCAAAGACCGAGCCUGAAAUACGAGGAGACCGUCAAGAUUGCACAACAAUUAGAUUUGACACCCCAGCUGUCAAGUCCAAAUGCUGAUCAUGAUGUGAACCUGACGAGAGUUCAGAGAGAGAACGUAUCUAGCAGCGAGUCAACAGUGGUGUGCCAGUUAAAGGAAAGCGUUGAGGUCCUCACCGAAAAGGUUAACCAACUUUCCGCAUCGGUAAAUAACAUCAGCGAAGUGGCAGCGAUACGAACGGAGAACCCCCGUCGUGGUAGAGCUUGUUAUAACUGCGGCGGAUUUAACCAUAUCGCGAAGGAAUGUCGACAACCCAAGCGAAGAAAUGAUCGUAGAAGAAAUGACCCUGGGCAACGCCGGAACGAGAAUUACUGCUUUGUGUGUGGUGACCUCGGACAUUUCGCCCGUGAUUGUCAAUAUCGGUAUCAAGCCCCACAACGACACCAGGGAAACUACCAAGGGCUGACCCGCUAUUAG